GAUCACCUCCUUCCUUCGUUGCAGUCUUGCUGAAAGGUUGCUUCAUUACCGCUCGUCAUCGUUUUAGGGCUUGCGAUAUUCGAAUUGAAUCGAAAACCCUUGGUUUCAAGAAUUUGUAGUAUUUCGUAAGCACGACCAUGCAAGGAGGCGAAGAACCAAGUAUAGAGGAACUCGCUUCAAGUCUCUCCACUUACAAGGAGCAACUUCAGCAGAUAAAAUCACUGUUGGAGGAUGAUCCUGGAAAUUCUGAGUAUGAAGACAUGAAGAAGGAACUUAUUGAGGUGAUAACUUUGACAGAAGAACUUCUUGAUACUGCUAGGCAGAAUGAAGGUGCCGGAUUGGGUGGUAGAGCUGCUUUUCCUUAUGAUGAUUCCAGUUCUGCACCGAGUGAUAAUGUACCAUCAAACGCAUUUGAUCAUCAUCUAGACAAGUUUCCGGUGGGUACAAAAGUUCAAGCUGUGUGGAGUGAAGAUGGUGAAUGGUACGAAGGAACAGUUGAGGAACAUACUAUGAAUGGCUAUCGUGUUCGCUAUGAUGGAUGGGGCAAUGAGGAAGAGGUUGAUCCAGACAAUGUAAGAGCGGUUCAAGAAGGAAUUGUGGAUGCAUUAGUGGAAGCUGAGAAGCAAGCUGAGGCAACUAAACAAGCUCUCAAGCGUAAGAUUGCCCAAGCUGGUGAUGCUGUAGAAUUCCAGUCCCGAAGCUUACCAGCAAAACUUCAGAUAGAUCCUAAUGACCCUGAGGAUGUUAAAGCUGCAAAGCGUAAGAAGAUUCAUUCAUUCAAAUCAAAGGUGCGGAAGGAACAACUUGAAGUUUCUCAGAACAAGAGACAAAAUGCAUGGCAACAAUUCCAAACAACAAAGGGCCAGGCUAAGAAGAUUGGUUUCUUUUCGGGGAGGAAGAAGGAUAGCAUAUUCAAGUCACCAGAAGAUCCUUUCGGGAAGGUAGGUGUGACAGGAAGUGGUAAAGGUUUGACUGAUUUUCAGAGGAGAGAAAAACACCUGCAUCUCAAGGGAGCUAAUAUGGAGACAACCGACGAUUAAUAUAGAGAAAUCCUCUAAGGCGUCUUCACCAGUUUGUUUGUUUCUUUACAGCGAUGUUUUGUUACUAAAUUCUGGAAGGUUCCAAAACUCUAAUUUUCUGUCCUCUCAUCAUAUUAUGUAAAUUAGACAAUGAAAAACUAGUUUGGCUGAUUUGCACUAUUUUUCUUUUUGGUAUCAAACAUGUCAAAUUCCAGACCUGUUUGUUUAUACGCUAUCAUGGUAUUCAAUUUUGUAUAAUAAGAAUGAUUACGGGUAUUAAUAAAAUAGACAAGCAGCAGCAGUAGCUAAUUGAGAU